AUGAAAGAGAGGAUAAAAUAGAUAAAGUAAAAGGUUGAAGGAAGGAAAAGAAGUAACAAGUAGCGUAAAGAUGGAUCAGAGAGAAUUACCAAAGAAUAGAACAAUUAUAAUAAUUAAUCUCCUUUUGAUCGUAAAUUUAUAGCAAAAGUGUUUAACUAUGCAGGAUUAUUCGAAGGGUGA